CUUGCAGUUGCUAUAUCACUAUCCUCAUAUGGGCGAAAAAGUGUUCACACUCCAAAUAAUCGCGAUCACCGUACACGUCCGCUCGCUACAGUGUACCGACACGUAUGUUGUUUAAUUUAUUUGCAUUUUAUUACAUUGAUGAAUGAUWUACAUUUUUGAGAAGAAAUCCCGAAAUUAGCUGAUUAUGGAAACAUGCAAGGAAGACACAAUGUUAGUGGACGAUAUUAAUUUCUCUGAGCUGAAUAUCAACACAUUAAAUGAUAAGAAAAGGUCCGACAGUGAAUCGUGCAAAUCAGGUACAUCUAUUGAAUUGAGGCGAUCAACAAGGAAAAGAAUCAAACCACUGUUCAAUGCGGACUUAAUUGAGUCGUCCAAUGACAAUGCCAAGAGAAUGAAGCAACAAACCGUUAACAAUACAGUAAAAAUGACAAACACAUCAUUAGAAACAAUAUUUGAAGAACCACUAGAUAAUUUAGUAAUGAGCAAAAGGAAAUUGAGAAGGUUUAUUAAGUUUGCCCCACAAUGCUUGAGUAGUAAAGUGGUAAAGCGUAGAAAAAAGUCGAAGACUUUAAAAACCACUUUUCGGAAAGCCACGAAAAAAGCAGCUGCAGCAGCGGAAUUGCUACUGGAAAAUAAACUGAGAGAAUUGGAAAACUGUGGUUGAUGCUUAUAUUAAGAAUCAGGCUACAUCUGGGGGGAAUUUGUGUGUCCUUUCCGGUAUAAAACUACAUAUUUUUCCGGGAUAAACCCGUUCCCCCAAAUUUUAACAAAAGAUUAAAUUAAUCGCUAAUUAUGCAACAAUUUUGAAAAAUUAUAUGAAAGAAAAUCGCGACCGCCAAAAAUUGUUUAAUACUAUUUUGAAGCCGACCUACUUUUCUAUACCAUCAAGGUCGCACCGUGGUGACAAUAGCUACUCUAACAAGGUGUAUUAAUUAUAUGUAAUCUUCCAGAGGUAAAUAUUUGUUGUUCGGGAAAAAUAGACU